UGGAAACCAUAACAGUGACAAACUAAAAUUGUCUAUCGCAUCUCAUUUGCUACAAUGUGACAUUUGUAAAUUAUAUUUUGAUGAGAUAUGGAAAGGAUCAGAGCACGACUACGGCUCGGCGGAAAAUCUGCCUUUCCCGAACCAGUUAAACUGAGGAAAAGAAAAUCAAAAUUAUACAGUAAAGAUGAUACGACUUGCCCAUUUGAGAAUGGUAUCCUUGGAAUCAAUAUCACUUUGUUUACAGUGGCAUUUCGUCUUGUUAACUGCUUCCUGGUGCAAACCAGCUUUGUCCCAGAUGAAUACUGGCAGUCCCUUGAAGUUUCCCACCUCAUGGUUUUCAAAUAUGGAUAUCUGACAUGGGAAUGGACAGAGGGCAUCAGAGGCUACACCUACCCACUCCUCUUUGCAACUAUAUAUAAAAUACUGCACUUUCUGAAUUAUGACAUGGUUCAGCUUUUGGUGUGGCUACCUCGUGUGGUGCAGGCCUGCCUCGCUGCACUGGCGGAUAUCAAACUUCUUUCUCUCAUCCAAAGAUUAGAGUCUCCUGAUGUUGCCAAAUGGACGUACUUCUGUCAGCUUUGCUCCUGGUUCACAUGGUAUUGCUGCACACGGACUUUGACCAAUACCAUGGAGACUGUUCUCACGACAAUGGCUCUACAUUACUAUCCACUGCCAGGCUCCAGGACACGCAACAGCUCAAAGUACUUGACUCUGGUUGCCUUGGCGAUCCUUAUCCGCCCGACUGCUCUUAUAGUCUGGCUUCCUCUGUUGGGGUGGCAUUUCUGGCAGGAAGGUGACAAGCUGAAGCUUCUGUCUCACCACGCCCUGCCCAUAGGGGCUUUAACUUUGGGGACCUCUACACUGUUAGACUGCAUAUUUUACGGCAAGUGGACCCUCGUCCAAUUGAACUUCCUUAAGUUUAACGUCUUGCACAAUGUGGCAGAGUUUUACGGGACACACCCAUGGCACUGGUACCUCACCCAGGGCUUUGCAGUAGUCCUGGGACCUCACCUCGCCUUCUUCCUUCACGGGAGCACUUUGACUCCAAAAAGAUACCGGAUAUUGUUGGUAACAAUUAUCUGGACAGUGGUGGUUUACAGUUUGCUUGCACAUAAGGAGUUCAGAUUCAUCUACCCGGUCCUGCCGCUGUGCAUGGUGUUCUGUGGCUUUUCUCUGGCGAGCCUAAAAGCUUGGAGAAGACCUGCAGCAUGUGCCUUAUUGGUUUUGAACCUGAUCCCAGCUCUGUACACUGGGCUGGUCCACCAGCGCGGGACUCUAGAUGUCAUGAGCCAUCUGCGCCAGUUGUGUGACAUCAGUGACCCCCAACCAGAGGUCCUCUUCCUCAUGCCCUGUCACUCCACGCCCUUCUACAGCCAUAUCCACUGCCCCAUCCAAAUGCGGUUCCUGCAGUGCCCUCCAGAUCUAACUGGAAACAAAAGUUACGUGGAUGAGGCGGAGCUGUUCUUUACUGACCCUCAGGGCUGGCUGCAAGGGGCCUUUCCCAAACCAACCUCACUGCCUUCUCACCUGGUGUUUUUUGAUGUACUAGAAAAGGAGAUCUUCAAGUUCCUGGAAUUGAAUAGAUAUGCAAAAACUGCAGACGUGUUCCAUACUCACAUUCCUGAGGGGCGAGUGGGAAGACGCAUUUUUGUCUAUGAACGAAGAGUCUGAGCAGAACAACUGAACAACAGGUUAUUACUUGGGAGACUCC